AUGGCGGGGCGGCGCAGGCAGAGCCGCUCGGGCGGGCAGCGGGUGCCGCGCCGCCGGGGAGCGGGGGGACGGCCGGGGGGACGGGCGGCGGGGCGGGAGGUGUGGCGGGGCCGGGGGCGGCGCCGCGCUGCGGCGGCGAAGGUGCAGUCCCCGCCCGGUGAGCGCCGCGCCGGCUCCGCAGUGCCCCGGCCGGCCCCGCCUCUGCCCUCCCGCGGCCCCUCCGGCUGCCGCCUGCGCUCCGGGCCUCCCGCUCCUGCCCCGCCGCGGGACCGCCCUCACGGCGCUCGGCAGCGCGCGGGCUUCUCCCCGGAUCGCACAAUCACGGAAUGGCUUGGAGUGGAAAGGACCUCAAAGAACGUCUCGUUCCCACCUCCCUGCCGUGGGCAGGGACACCUCCCGCUGGACCAGGCUGCCCCAUCCUGCGUGGCCUUGGGCGCUGCCAGGGACGGGGCAUCCCUCUCCAGGAGCGUUCUCAAAGUUCCACCUGCUGCUGAACGUGCCUCGUGGGUAGCACAGAAAAGAAAUGGCAUCAUUCGAUACCCUGCAGUGAGUCCUAAUCGAUUAGCCACGACGGUUCGAGAGAGAAGCAUCUCACCGUGUUCUCUCUCUAGUUUUUGCUUUAACGUGAAGGGCAGAGAGCCCCUUGUUCAUGGAGGCGAGAUUCCUCUUUAUUACUCCUUUGUCAGCAGUGGCACUGUAAAUGUUCCCUUUACAAGUCGAGCAACACCUCAAAAGUCAGGCAGGUCACCAGCGAGAGGUGUCCUCAGCGGCGCUGCUUUAGCUACAGCCCCACCUCGCGGCCGCAGCGCGGCACAGCGGCUACAGCGCGGCACAGCGGCCUCCGCCUUGGCCCAGGCUCGCCUCGCCUUCCCCCGGCCUCACCUUCCCCCGGCCCCGCCUUCCCCCGGCCCAGCCUUCCUCAGGGCCCGCCUUCCCCCGGCCCCGCCUCCGCCUUCCCUGGCCCCUCGGCCGCCUUCUCCCGGCCCCUCCUCGACCUUCCCCCGGCCCCUCGUUCGCCAUCCCCCGGCCCCGCCUCCGCCUUCCCCCGGCUACGCCUUCCUCCGGCCCCUCCUCUGCCUUCCUCCGGCCCCUCCUCUGCCUUCCUCCGGGCCCUCCUCGCCUUCCCCCGGCCACGCCUUCCUCCGGCCCAGCCCCUCCUCCUCCUUCUCCCGGCCCCGCCUUCCCCUGGCCCCGCCUCGCCUUCCCCCGGCCUCCGCCUUUCCCCGGCCCAGCCCCUCCUCCGCCUUCCCCGGCCCCUCCUCCGCCUUCCCCCGGCCUGGCCUCCGCCUUCCUCCGGCCCCGCCUCGGCCAUCCCCCGGCUACGCCUUCCUCCGGCCCUUCGUCCGCCAUCCCCCGGCCCCUCCUCCGCCUUCCCCCAGGCCCAGCCCCUCCUCCGCCUUCCCCCGGGCCCGCCUCUGCCUUCUCCCGGCCCCUCCUCCGCCUUCCCCCGGCCCCUCCUCCGCCUUCCCCCGGCCCCUCCUCCGCCAUCCCCCGGCCCCUCCUCCGCCUUCCCCGGGCCCGCCUCCGCCUUCCUCAGGCCUGCCUCCUCCUUCCCCGGCCUCUCCUCCGCCUUCCCCCCGGCCCAGCCCCUUCUCCGCCUUCCCCCGGCCCCUCCUCCGCCAUCCCCCGGGCCCACCUCCGCCUUCCCCCGGCCCAGCCCCUCCUCCGCCUUCCCCCGGCCCAGCCCCUCCUCCGCCUUCCCCCGGCCCGCCUCCGCCUUCCCUCGGGUCCGCCUUCUCCCGGCCCCUCCUCCGCCUUCCCCCGGCCCAGCCCCUCCUCCGCCUUCCCCUGGGUCCGCCUUCCCCCAGCCUCGGGCCCGCCUCCGCCUUCCCCCGGCCCCUCCUCCUCCUUCCCCCGGACCCGCCUCCGCCUUCCCCCGGCCCCGCCUCCGCCUUCCCCCGGCCCCAGCCCCUUCUCCGCCUUCCCCCGGCCCCUUCUCCGCCAUCCCCCGGCCCCUUCCCGCCCGCCCCACCUCUCCCCGCCCUAGCCCAGCAGCCCUUCAGGGCCGGGGGUCCUGCCCGCGGCCUCCUCGCCCCUGUGCGCCGUCGCCUCUUCUCCCUCCCUCCCGCCCGCCUUUCCAGGGGCUCCUGA